UCCCGGAAGUGGACAGAUCCGAAGCGCCGGCCGACCGAACGUCCGUCAGCCCGUCGGUCCGCUUGUCCGUCGCCCGGUGCCCGGCGCGCCUCGGCCCUAGUCACUGUCCCGCCGUCUUUUUGGCCCGAACGGCGGCCGGGGUGCUCAUUAUGGCGACGUUCAUCUCGGUGCAGCUGAAAAAGACCUCGGAGGUGGACCUGGCCAAGCCGCUGGUGAAGUUCAUCCAGCAGACGUAUCCGAGCGGCGGGGAGGAGCAGGCCCAGUACUGCCGCGCCGCGGAGGAGCUCAGCAAGCUGCGCCGAGCUGCCCUCGGCCGCCCGCUGGACAAGCACGAGGGCGCGCUGGAAACGCUCCUGAGAUAUUAUGAUCAGAUUUGUUCCAUUGAACCCAAAUUCCCAUUUUCUGAAAAUCAGAUCUGUUUAACGUUUACCUGGAAGGAUGCUUUUGAUAAAGGUUCACUUUUUGGAGGAUCGGUAAAGUUGGCUCUUGCAAGCUUAGGAUAUGAAAAGAGCUGUGUGUUGUUCAAUUGUGCAGCCUUAGCUAGCCAGAUUGCAGCAGAACAGAACCUGGAUAAUGAUGAAGGAUUGAAAAUCGCUGCUAAGCAUUACCAGUUUGCUAGUGGUGCCUUUUUACAUAUUAAAGAGACGGUUUUAUCAGCCUUAAAUCGAGAGCCCACCGUGGACAUAUCUCCAGAUACUGUUGGGACCCUCAGUCUUAUUAUGCUGGCACAAGCCCAAGAAGUUUUUUUUUUAAAAGCUACAAGAGAUAAAAUGAAAGAUGCCAUCAUAGCUAAAUUGGCUAAUCAGGCUGCAGAUUAUUUUGGUGAUGCUUUCAAACAGUGUCAGUACAAAGAUACUCUCCCCAAGUAUUUUUAUUUCCAGGAGGUGUUCCCUGUCUUGGCUGCAAAGCACUGUAUCAUGCAGGCCAACGCUGAGUACCACCAAUCUAUCCUGGCUAAACAGCAGAAGAAAUUUGGGGAAGAGAUUGCAAGGUUACAGCAUGCAGCAGAAUUGAUUAAAACAGUGGCAUCUCGCUAUGAUGAAUAUGUCAACGUAAAGGAUUUUUCUGACAAAAUUAGCCGUGCCCUUACUGCAGCAAAGAAGGAUAAUGACUUCAUUUAUCAUGAUCGUGUUCCAGACCUUAAAGAUCUAGAUCCUAUUGGUAAAGCCACGCUUGUGAAAUCUACCCCAGUCAAUGUACCCAUCAGCCAGAAGUUUACUGAUCUGUUUGAGAAGAUGGUUCCUGUGUCAGUGCAGCAGUCUUUGGCUGCUUUUAAUCAGAGGAAAGCAGAUUUAGUUAACAGGUCAAUUGCUCAAAUGAGAGAAGCCACCACUUUGGCAAAUGGCGUGUUAGCUUCCCUUAAUCUUCCAGCAGCAAUUGAAGAUGUGUCUGGAGAUACUGUACCUCAGUCGAUAUUGACUAAGUCCACAUCGGUGAUUGAACAGGGUGGUAUCCAGACUGUUGAUCAGUUGAUCAAAGAACUACCUGAACUACUACAAAGAAAUAGAGAAAUUCUAGAUGAGUCAUUAAGAUUGUUGGAUGAAGAAGAAGCAACUGAUAAUGAUUUAAGAGCAAAAUUCAAGGAACGCUGGCAAAGGACAGCAUCCAAUGACCUCUAUAAGCCCUUAAGAGCAGAGGGAACCAACUUCAGAACAGUUUUAGAUAAAGCUGUGCAAGCAGAUGGGCAAGUGAAAGAACGUUAUCAGUCUCAUCGUGACACCAUUGCUCUUCUGUGUAAGCCGGAGCCUGAGCUGAAUGCCGCCAUCCCCUCUGCUAACCCAGCAAAGACUAUGCAGGGCAGUGAGGUUGUAAAUGUCUUAAAAUCCUUAUUGACAAAUCUUGAUGAAGUAAAGAAGGAAAGAGAAAGUCUUGAGAAUGACCUGAAGUCAGUAAAUUUUGAUAUGACAAGCAAGUUUUUGACAGCUCUGGCUCAAGAUGGUGUGAUAAAUGAAGAAGCUCUUUCUGUUACUGAACUGGAUCGAAUCUAUGGAGGUCUUACAACUAAGGUUCAGGAAUCUCUAAAGAAACAGGAGGGACUCCUAAAAAAUAUUCAGGUCUCACACCAGGAAUUUUCAAAAAUGAAACAAUCUAACAAUGAAGCUAACUUAAGAGAAGAGGUUUUGAAGAAUUUAGCUACUGCAUAUGACAACUUUGUUGAACUUGUGGCUAAUUUGAAGGAAGGCACAAAGUUUUACAAUGAGCUGACAGAAAUCCUGGUCAGGUUCCAGAACAAAUGUAGUGACAUAGUGUUUGCACGGAAGACAGAAAGAGAUGAACUCUUAAAGGACUUGCAACAAAGCAUUGCCAGAGAACCUAGUGCUCCUUCAAUUCCUACACCUGCAUAUCAGUCCUCUCCUGCAGGAGGACAUGCACCAGCUCCUCCAACUCCAGCUCCAAGAACCAUGCCGCCUGCUAAGCCCCAGCCCCCAGCCCGGCCUCCACCCCCUGUGCUUCCAGCAAACCGAACUCCUUCUGCUACUGCUCCAGCUCCUGUGGGAACUGGGACUGCUGCACCAGCUCCAUCACCAGCCCCUGGCUCAGCUCCCCUGACACAGGCCCAGGGACCACCCUACCCUACCUAUCCUGGAUAUCCUGGGUAUUGCCAAAUGCCCAUGCCCAUGGGCUAUAAUCCUUAUGCAUAUGGCCAGUAUAAUAUGCCAUAUCCACCAGUGUAUCACCAGAGCCCUGGACAGGCUCCAUACCCAGGACCCCAGCAGCCUUCAUACCCCUUCCCUCAGCCCCCACAGCAGUCUUACUAUCCACAGCAGUAAUGUCUGCUCAGAAGCUCAGCUGGUUCAGUUCAGAGGGAGAGAAAUACCAACCCUGCAAUAAGUAUACUAAACUCUAUGCUCCGGUUAAUAUAAUGUACUUUACUAUACUGAAUGCAGUGUAUAAUUUCUGUCUGUGGCUGAAAGCUAGAAGCUGUGCCCCAGUUCCACAUUUGAUUGCACACGUGAGAUUUUGCUGCUAUUGCAGUAUAAAUACUAGGUAUAAUAGGAUUUGAAAUAAAUUACAUUACAGUUCAUAAAAGUUUGAAAAUGAGAAAUUAAACCUGCAAGUGAAACAUUUGAAACUAGUAUACUUUCUACAUAAGAUGCGGUUGGGACAUCAGAUACUUAUAAAGAUGGUUUAAGUACGGAUAUUCAAGGAAAUCUUUUUUCUCUUUUGGUUUGUUGAUUCAGUUUAAUUUCCAUUAUGAUAUUUUACGUAAUCAAGGCAUUGUAAAUCUUAUAAUUUAAAAAUAAAUUACUUAAGAACAGUUGUCAUUGUUAUGUUUUGUCAUUGAUUCUCAUUAUUGUCUAAUUUCUUUCUGGUAUUAGUCUCUCAUUUUGUAUGUUCACAAGUUAAAACAGAUACUGUGUUUAAGUGCACAAGCAGUGCAGAUUAAUAGGUUAAGGACGCUUUAUAGGAAGACUGAAAGAAUACUAUUAUAAUUUAUCUUUCAUAUACUGAUUAGUAAAUUACUUUCGACAUUUAUUUUAAGAAAUCCUAUAAUGUGGAAGAAACACACAAUUGUUACCAAAGAUUCUUCAAAUAAAUAUACAAGUAUAUAUAUAUAUUUAAAAAUAUAUUUAAUGUUUUAUUGUUAUCAUCUCCAGGAAAUUAAUGCAAAUUCUGGUAAUAAUUCUUUUAGUUUUUUUCAUAACCUGGUUAAAAUAAAUACAUGUCAUUGACAGUACUGUCAAAUGUAAUAGAAUUGUUUGGAGAUAAUUUACUGUACCCUUCUAUUCCUUUUUUCCACCUUAACUGUCUUAACCUAGUAAUAUUUAAUGCACAGUAUGUAUAGAUAUAUCUCAGCCCUUUCCCUUUAUUUUUCUCCUGAAAUAUUGGACCAUUUUAUAAUAUGGAGAUCACGCAAAACAAUUGUUGGGAACAUGUGCCAGUUCUGAAAUAGGCUGUGUAUUUAGCAUGAGCCUCUGCUGUUAGGAUAGUAGUCACUGUAUAAACCUCAGUAAAAUAAUGAAGAUGCACCAUGGAGGGAAAAAAGAAGAAAGGUGUGAGUUGGGUAACAUCACAGUGGGGGCUGUUCUGAACACAUUAGGUUAUGAGCAGAUUUCCAACGAAUCUGUGUUUAGUUUCUGAGUUCUAAUGCUGAUCUUUUCUUGCAUUAUUGUUUCAUUUAAAUGAUACUGUCAUUUGGUCCACUGUUGUUUUCAUUGACUAUUUAGAUUUAUAUUUUGAAUGUUAGACUGAAGGUAUGAUUGUAAAAGGGAUUAAAUUGGUUUAAAAAUAUAUGUAUAUUUUAAAGAAUCUUACUUUGUUGUAUGUAGAAAACACAAAGACAUGUUAAUUCAAUAUAAAUAACCUUCAAUUACAUGGAAUAUUGAAAUUGGGUUAAAGUCUAAUAGUUAAACAUUGGCAAAAAUAGUUUUUUACAUAUCAUUACGUUUUAAUACUUUGGGUUUAUCAAAGUGUGAGAUGGGUUUGUCUGACUCCUCUGUAAAUGGCAUUUAAGUUCUACAUUUUCACCACUUGAGGUAUCUUGUACUAACAUAAGACGCCCAGUGAGAGUUAGUGAUAUUCCAAUUUGCAAGUUUAUAAUUCUUAUUAAUGCAGAAACAAGGAAAAAACAAAUUGGCCUGAAUAUUCUCUUGGGGAAAGAGGGCACUAAAGAAAAGGGUAAGUGCAUCAGAGGGCCACAAGAAAUACAAGGCCAGUUAGCCCAUUCCAUGUGCAAAGCUGGGCCUGCUCCCAGAGAGCCACAGAAAGAUGAUGUAGAAACCUUAGAAAAGAAGCCUCCAUGGCUCCUUGUGGCUGCUUCUCUCUGCUCCCCUGUGUUAGCCUCUUUCAUGUAGUGACCCAGACUCAUUGUCAGUUCACUCAUCCUCUAGGUUUUAAAAUAUAUUUCUUUUUGUCACUCACGUUUAGGUACAGAAAACUGUCUUUGUAACCCUGAGUGCUGGGUUUGUCUUCAUAGGCUGAUAAUAUUUGCAUUGAGGUGAUGUGAAAAAAAGCCUUCUCUUGUAUGUAUUUUACAUUCUAGCAAGCAGGAAGAAAGCCCUCACUCAGACUGGUUUUUGUAUGAAACUUUUUAAUCUGCUACCAAGCUUCCUGUGUUCUACAAAAUACCCUAAAAAGCAAUGGAUAAUGCUGUUUAUUUACAGGUAGGAGGGCUCUACUCUGUGGCUCAGGUAUGUUGUAUAGUUUGACUUUUUUGUUAGAUUCUUAAACUAAGGGAACGAUUCUCAGGCCAUUUAUGUUUGGCUUUGGGAUUCUGUUUUAAAAUGGAUUAUAGUAUAUUAUGACAAUGAAGCUCUGCAUAGAGAAGCUAGUAGGGGUAAAACUGUCUAACUUCUAUUUCCUGUUCUUGGUUGGAGACAGAUGGCCUGACUUCUCAGUCAGGUGCAAAACAUGGGUUUUAAGAGAGCUAUUCCUAUGCCCUUUGGUCUUUAUUCUCAGUCAAGAAAAAUAUCAUUUAUCACCACAAAGCAGUCUUUGUAAGCUAUCCCUGUACUGGUCACUGCAAAGUAGGCUUUGUAAACUAUCCCUGUACUGAUUCCCAUCUUCUUUGCAAUUUAUAAUUGGCCCCACCCCUGACAAAUCUAAGGAGUAACAGAAAAAAAGAACAGAUUUCACAGAGCCUGGUGUCCCUAAUGUUCUAUCCCAGUCAGCAGCCUUUCUAGUCCUCAAAACACAUUUUCCAUUAAAGCUUUACAGUUUGCAAAAGUGCUUUGUACACAUUUUCUAAUUUCAUAAGCAGGAUAAAAUAUAAUUUGUUAAGUAGGCUUCAGUUUGCUAUGGGAUUUUUUUUUUUUUAUGAUUGGUAUAUCUUGAAUAGUCUUGCUACAACCCAGUGGCAUCUCAUUUUUUUAGACGUAUGCAAUUAGUUAAUUCUCAGUAUAGGAGAGGAUACAAAGCAGGAAAAAAAAAUCCUGCUACAGUGUUACAAUUGCUGGUUAAAUACAGACUUUAGAACUAAAUGGUUGAUUAUAAGAUUUACAUGGAAGAGCAAAGAAGGAAAAUUAUAUUUUUCAAGAAAGAGAAUAUUCAGGCUUUAUUUCUGGUAUGAAGUUUAUAUUUUUAAAAAAAUUCUAUAUUAUCACACCAGAGAUUUUAGAUUCUUUUCUGGUUAAAAACAUUGCUGGUAGUUGGUUUAUAUUUUUAUUGUAUUCAUUUCUCUUAGGGGGAAAAUUGUAAAGAAACAAAAAGGUUCCAGAUGAAUGUAUCAUAGAAAUAAAAGUUGAAAGAUUCUUAC